AUGGCUUCUGUCAAGUCUCUUGGGCUUCACCUGCCUUCAGGCCUGCACUACGCCAUCGACGAGCAGUUGUUGCCGCCAAAUCCGCCAGCCAGCUCGUAUAAAUGGGACAUUAUUUCUGCAAGAGGCAAAAGUACAGACGUGAGCGAGGAUGAGCUGCUCAUUACCAAAGACGCUGUUGUGUGGUGUCGCGGGGGCAUCCUCCGCAAAAUAUUCAAAUUCGACAUUGAAAAGGAGCCCGUCACGAAAGCUCUUCUCGCAUACUUCCCUGCCUCUGACGACGACAAUGCAGCCACAAAGGCGCAUUCACAAGACCCGGCAUCGAGUGCGGCGAACCGGCAAAGACCUCGCAUGGAAAAAGCCCUGGUCGUCUUCUUAAGUACUCAGGCGCACAUAUACUUCUUGUCCGGGGCCAGCCAUGUCGUCCAUAUGCCCUUUGAGGUCGAGACGGCCUUUGCUGGACCAUCGGGCGUUUUAAUUCAAAGAAAGCAAAAGACUGAAAACCUCGGCUCCUCUACUCUGAGGUUCCCCCGCGUCAUCCCCAACUCGUUCUUGUCGUCUCAGUUGACAGAAGUGAAUGGCUCGCAAGCGCAAGACUUCUCGGUACAGAGCCUUGGAAACCCAAAAGCCCUGAAUCUGGGGCUGAGUGCUACUUUGGAAAGCAUGUUCGAUGGCCCCAUGGGCCAAACCGAGUCGCACUGGCCGCGACUUGUCUCGCUAUCAGACCCGUUGCUGGACAUUGGCCUCGUUGUCACAGAGCCCGACUCCCAGAGUGGAAAAGCACCUACCGCUGGUGCUCGGAAUGAGGCAUUCCUCGAUCCGGCCGAAGAGCUUCUCUAUAUUGAGCAGGUCGAACUGAGCGGGAGAGCUUUUGAACAAGUCGAUGAGACUUUUACUAUCGCAGUCACCCUCAACCGUGCGACCAAUUGUUAUAAUGUUUGGCGUCUCAAGUAUCUUGAGCAUCAGGACCCUUUUAUAAAACAGCGCAAGUCAAAGCCCACAGCUGCAGGCCUUGCUGCUCGCCGACGGAGCUCUAUGGCACCCUCAUUCGCAGAACCCAACACGCCAGCAAAACCCAGCGCAAGAGAUAGCUUUGGCGCGCCGCUACCAGGCAAACGCCAACGCAAAAGCGAAAAGAUUGAGAAACCAGUGGAUCUUGUAUCGUCUCUCGAACAACAAGAUAAAAAUGGCUCGGCCAUUACGCGGCGGAGUUCACGGCGUCUCAGCUCUAUGCUUGCCCGUGCAGACUUGUCAGCAUCUCAAGAACGAUCCGUCUUCUCAGAACAGCCGUCAGCUGUUGGUAUCAAACCUGCAAGGAAGCAAGACUCCCGCGCAGCUCCGCAAAACCGCUCCAGCUCCAGUUUCAGCAAUCAGAUCCGCCCGAGCCUCAGCAGCCUUUUGGAGGCACCGCUUGAUAUGGGGCUCAAUGAAGGAUUCCUCAACAUGGGCUUAGAUGAUCAUGAGCUCGAAGGUCUUCAGCAUGACGUCCGGUUCACCAAAAUAUUCGAUAUUCCGUCCGCAAAAUCCAAUGUGCAUUACACAGUGCCAGCAGCUGAUGCUCCACAGCAUACCAAAGUCUUCAUACUGGCUGCCCCAGCAUAUGCUCACGAUGGCUUUGACCGGAACCAGUUGCUCAUUGGAAUUCAAGAUGUCGAUGAAAAGCGCCUGGAUAUUAUAACCAUACAAGUUAUUCUGCACCCAACCAGCAAAACAGUCCCAAGAUCCUCAUUCAGUGGUUCUACCCCCACUGGCCUGUCUAUUGCUACUGGCGAAAUUCGAAGGGCUCAAAAUGUAGUUGACUCCUGUAAAUUGGUCGAUGGUGAGCAGUCUGUCAUUCUGAUCUUGUCGGAAGCUAUGGAUGGUCAGCUCGAACUUUCGACCCAGGCUCCCUGGAGUGACCGAACCAGAAUUUCACCCAAUCUCGUCUUUGUUGACGAUACUAGACACCUGCAAUACCGGGGCCGAGUCGUUGACCGUGAUGUCAAACAUCGAAAGUCCGAAGUCUUCGACCUGACAAAUGGUAGCAUCGUCGGAUUGCGCCAUCCUAGGCAACACGGCGUUGUUGACGCUGUGGAUGUCAGCGGUCGACUUCAUCAACUCAAGAUACAGCUCGAGCCUACCUGCCCGCUGGUGCGCCAUGUCCUCAGCGUCUGCCGAAACAUUCUACAAGAUGCUCUUGGAGAGCGGCUCCACGGCGGCUGGCUUCAUAUUAUCCAAUGGUUGAGAGAUCAAGAUGAGCCCGUCGCUCACAUUGAAUGGUCUGCUGCCACUAUCUUGAUCUUCUCGCUAGUAUUGAACCUGGGCCGGAUUGAAGGCAAGCCCAUCCAGACAACUCGUUUGCCGGUUCGGAAACGCCGACCCGCAUCUGGUUCAUUUGGAUCAAUUCGCGAAUCCGAUGAUUGGAAGGCCCUCGAAAUUGGCGAAACAGCAAGCUCACUCGGAUGUCCCGUGUGGAUGAUGAAUAGAGGCUGGCAGUGGGCACUUGACUCUACUGCAGAGAACUGGAGCACAAGUACGGACCAGUUUCUGAGUCCUAGAUAUACGGCUAGGCACAUUGCGCUUGCGCGUGAGUAUAUGGCGUCACCUUUAGGAAACAUUGCGUUUGGACCAUCUGGAUACAUGCCUACUUCACUUCACCGUGAAGAGGCGGGCCGAAGAAAAGCAGCAUCUGACGUUUUCUUGGCACUGCACCUUCUUCUCGAAGAAAGUCGACUAGAUAUUAUGACUGCAGAGUAUGUUUCACCUGGGCGAGCAGACUUGCGUGUUGUGUUAUGUCAAAUCUCUCGCUGGCUGAAAUGGUACGGGUUUUCCGCCAUUUACGAGUUGGGUAUCCAGGAAGCCGUGGACGAAAAGUUCGACUCUGAGCUAAACUUGACGCCACCCAUUCCUGAACCGACCGUCAAACCCGAUAUUCUCGAAUGGGUCCAAAACAGGCUUGUUACGCAGGAAGGAAACUAUCCAAGCCCUGCCGACAUCUAUUCCCAAAAUGCCAACAAGUCUAGGCAGGGAAGUGAGGAUGACGGCAGAUGGGAUGCCAUAUUACCUCGCACGAUGAUGCUUAGAAGAUUCUUUAAAGCAUUGGGAACCAACCCAUCAGCUGCGGAAAUGGUUGAAGCCAUGCAAACACAAGGCCUAAAUAGCGCUGUUCUUGAGAGUCUCCCCGAAGCUAUCCUAGUCCCGCUACAAGACGCCAUAUCGCUAUGCCAGCCACAUCCACCCAAAAGCUGGCCCGACGACUUGCUGAAGCUGAUAAAGAGGAGCGAUAUGAGCAGCCUGUUGUCGUCAAAGAAGGCUACGGCACGAACACCUCCGAGCCUCUUGACUCCAACCCAUACCGCAUCCUGGGACUAUAGACUACUUUCUCACAGCGUCGAAGACGACGAAACGCCCGGAUACGACGAAGGCAACGGAAUAGAGAGACAAGCAGUAAUCCGGGCAUUGUUCAAGGAAGAUAGACGUCUAAACGAGGCCCAGGACCUGCUGUCAACUCACAAGUCUCGACACGUUCGGCUUAACCCAGACCCAAAUUGGCCAGAAAGUGAGUACCUGGAGAAGCAGAAGGAGCUCGUCUCUAGAAUCGCGACUGGUACGCUUGCUAUCCCGGCAGGACGAGGAUUACUGUAUUACAGCCUCCGCUUUCCGCUGAUAACGCAAAAGCUUCAUAUUGGAGGGUUUAAUCUCAACUGUAUUGUCAGGCCAGCCAAUGUUACGGUUGGCGUUGACAAGUCUCUUUUCACAGAGGAGAAAGUUUGUUGGGGCUUCUUUCACCAGGGAGUUGCCGCUGGCUUGGCUAUAUCCCCGGAUGCCAAGGGUAUUGAUACAUCAUGGAUUCUCUAUAACAAGCCCGGACAAGAGUUGAGCAACCGACAUGCUGGCUUCUUGCUCGCACUUGGACUCAACGGCCACCUCAAGGAUGUUGCCAAAUGGGUUGCCUUCAAAUAUCUGACGCCCAAGCACACUAUGACUUCUAUCGGGCUGCUCUUAGGCCUUGCUGCAUCAUAUAUUGGGACAAUGGAUUCGCUGAUUACUCGGCUGUUGUCGGUACAUGCUACGCGCAUGCUGCCACGUGGUGCUGCUGAGCUCAAUUUGUCUCCUCUCACCCAGACGACCGGCAUCAUGGGCAUCGGCUUAGUAUACUGCAACAGCCAGCAUCGCCGGAUGAGCGAGAUUAUGCUUUCAGAAAUUGAACAUGCAGAGGAUGAGGAAGAAGACGAGCCGCUGCGAAGCGAAUGCUACCGCCUUGCAGCUGGCUAUGCACUGGGAUUCAUUAACCUUGGUAAAGGUAACGACUUGAAAGGGCUGCAUGACAUGAAGCUCACCGAAAAGCUCAUCACGCAUGCCACCUCGACAAAGAUAGUUGAAAUUGUCCAUGUGCUUGACCGUGCAGCUGCAGGUGCUGUCAUUGCCCUUGCUCUAAUCUUCAUGAAGACGGAAGACCAAAUCGUUGCCCGCAAAAUUGACGUGCCAAGCUCUGUUCUUCAAUUUGACUACGUCAGGCCCGACAUUCUACUGUUGAGAACCGUUGCGAAGAACUUGAUUCUCUGGUCCAAGAUUGAGCCAACAUUUGCCUGGAUCCAGCGCAGCCUCCCGGUACCAUAUCGAGCCAGGCACAGACUCCAUGGCACCACAAAGCUGCGGUCGACGGACCUGCCGUUCUUCAGCAUCACCGCAGGAAUCUGCUUCUCAAUCGCUCUGCGGUACUCUGGCAGUGCCUCUACUCGAGUUCGCGAUCUUCUGCUGCAUUAUCUUGACGAGUUUAUACGCAUCUCCUCGAUCCCUGGCACACCUAGAGAACAUCCAGAUGCCGCGCCGCUAUAUGACGAAGAACUUGCUAGAGCCAAUGCACGCAUGUGCCAAGACGUCUUGGCUGUGUCGUGCGCCAUCGUCAUGGCUGGAACAGGCGACAUCCCUGUGCUACGCAGGCUCCGUGCCCUCCACGGCCGAACUGACCCAGAAACGCCAUAUGGUUCCCACCUUGCGGCGCAUCUUGCCAUAGGGGCCCUAUUCUUGGGCUGUGGCACCGUCACAUUUGGUACGAGCAACAUGGCCAUUGCUGCGCUUCUGGUCGCUUUCUAUCCCAUCUUUCCGACCAAUGUCAUGGAUAAUAGGUCUCAUCUACAGGCAUUCCGUCACUUUUGGGUUCUGGCAACCGAGCAACGCUGUCUCGUGGCAAAGGAUAUCAUGACUGGCCAGCCAGUGUCUGUCCCCGUGCAAAUCAAGAUGCGCCUGGAUGUUUCCACUGACGCGGUCCUGCAUCGCUCCACACCGUGUCUGCUGCCGCCGCUGGACCAGAUAUCCAGCCUUUCCACCAACUGUGGACCGCAGUUUUGGGACAUUGAGCUUGACUUUUCCGACAAGAAGCUGCGCGAGGCCUUUGCCAAGACGCAGAGCCUGCAUCUUCGCCGGCGGCCUCCGCGCGAAGGCACCUUUCCCUCGACGCUGCGUGCCUUGGGCAAAGACGGCGACGGCAAGAACCCGUUGGAGUGGAUGUUUGGCCUCGGUGGGUUAAAGGGCAUCAGCUACGCGGAAAAGGCGGCGCUGCUUGAGAGCGGCGAGGAGGACCCCGAGAUUGGCGCCGCCGUGGACGCGCGCAUGGAGUUGGACAAGGGCAUCAACGAGGGCGGCGACCUCGAGCGCCUGGAAGGGGCCCGGCUGCUUUUCGAAUGGGGCUCUGCGCGCGACAGGCUGCGGCAGAGCAGCAAGAGCGUCGUCGCGGACCCGAGCACGUCGCACGAUAGCCAGGAAACGAUUACGAUGCGGACGAGACAGCGUCGCGGGGAUGAUGCUGGCGCGAGCAAAAAUGAGCGAGAAGAGGAUGGCGAUGAGGAUGAGGAUGCUGCAGUGUGGUGGAUGAGAGACAGCGAUAUUGAAGCGCUCAAAGGAAAAGUGUGGCUCGCAGCCAGAGAGGCCGAGCAGUAA